GAUUACAUGCCACUUACAACACAGUAAUACAGCAGAUAUCUUAUUUAUUGAUACAUUUCAAUAUUGAUUGAUCCAGCUUAACGUUAUGUGCUUCAUUGUAGCACAUAACGUUAGCGAGGUGGGGAACUUUAACGUUAUAAGGUUACAACAUUGUUCAACACGUUCAUGAAGUUAUUUUAAGUAUAAUUGUUUUGAUCAAGGUAAAGUUAACGUUAAACAACACUGGGGUAACCCACGAUUACGUUCGCCAGCUAGCGUUAAUGUUAGCUGUAUAGAUAGAAGACAAAUCUAAUGCUAAUUUAGCCAGGUAUCCCACCCUGGUUUUUCUGCCUCACUCUCCGCCGCUAAGGGACUUAAGUCGGGAUGAAAGCAAACAGUAGCCCCGGGGACACGACACAUCCACAGUUAGCCGGCAGCCAGCCACUAUUAUUAACUUACAGCAAACAGAACCCAGCCAGCACAAACUCCAGCGCCGGGUGAUAACGAUGCUAACGGCAGUAACAGAAAGCGCUAUGUUCCUUUGGGGAAACAGACCAUAUCGCCGCAGGCAUCCGAGUCUGGCUGGCCGCGGUGUUGUGCUGAAAUUCUGACCCCUUUAGCGUUUUGCGGUCUUCUGUACAGUUACAUUUGACCCACAAAUGGUGACAGUAGGGAGAGUCCGAAAGCAACAUCCGGCAGCCAUCCUAUUGAUGUAAGAAAUCGGCCGCUAUCUCUGGUGCUGUGGCUCGGCACCGGAGAUACUCGGCGGCCAGCCCCGAAGAUACCCGGCAGCCAGUCCCAGCCGCUAAGGGACCAUGGUUAUGUUGAAGAUCUCUGCUUUCCUCGUUGCCUACGCCCUGGUCAUUUGCCAGAUGUACUGCUCACAAGCCGCCCCUGCCAGACCGGGUUUAGAGUCCAUGUCAGACCGAGUCACGCUCACCGACUACGAGGCACGAAGGUUACUCAACGCCAUCGUCAAGGAGUUUGUGCAGAUGACGGCGGAGGAGCUGGAGCAGCAGGCAACUGAAGGAAACAGCAUGGACAGGCCCCUAACCAAGCGGUGCUCCAACCUCAGCACCUGUGUGUUGGGCAAACUGUCUCAGGAUCUGCACAAGUUGCAGACGUUCCCUCGCACGAACGUGGGAGCAGGAACGCCCGGCAAGAAGCGCAAUGCGCCUGAGAGCGACGGCUAUGCAAGCUACGGCGAGACGUUUGACAGCAUCUAACCCCUCCUCAUCCUCCCUCAGCCCCUCUUUUACCUUUACUGCAUCUUCCUGUCCUUUUCCUUCUCCCCUGUCCUCUUCCUCUCCUCAUCCCACUUUCUUCCUCAUUGUUUUUUGGAUUGGCAAGUGCAUGCUAAUUUUACCUGCUCGAUUGACAUAAGAAGAAUAUGACUUUUAACUGUAACCAACCUUUUUAGUUGUUCCCCCCAACCCCCUUUUCUUUUGGCAGAAAAUUAUGUGCCCCAUAUAAUUUUCAGACAAUCAGACUUAGUUUUCAUAAAUGUUAUUCAGGAGCCAGUUCCGACAUCCAUCUCUGUGUACUGUGCGUGGAUAGUCAUUUGAUUGCAUUUCAAAAGCCACUGAAAUUUGAAGAGUUGAGAGAGAUCACUUAAUCAAACCAUUAAUAAAUGAUCCACUCAUGCGACACCAUGUUUCUUGUUUAAUAAACGUAUUUUUCUACCAGGAA